CCGUUCAAACAUUCUAUUCUACGGUGACCAUCAAGCGAAACUCCAUCGAUGUACUAAUACCAUUACUCCCCACACUCACCAUGCAUAUGCUACUUGAAGUCAUUUUCCUAUCUGCCUUCUAUGCGAGAGUUGAGGCCUUCCCAGGAUGGCCGACGGGUGGGAUCUUGGUGACGGGCAAUGCCGUGCAGUUUGAUAGGGAAACUUGGGAGCGUGAACUUGCCCAGCCGAAUGCAACUGGUAGUUCAUCAGUGACCGGCUUUGACCUUUCACAAAGGUGGCCAAGCCAGCAAGUAGACGGCUGGACGCUCUCUUUGAAUGUCAGCCGUGACAUACCAGACUCUCAGACACUGAACCCAACCAAUGGAACUGGUAGAGCCUUCACCGGUACCAGCAUCUUUCUCAGAGCGCCCAACACUAUCCAAGAAUCCUUCUCAGACCAGGCAGCACUUGAUAAUACCACAUGGAAAAUAUGCGUAGCGGUAAUCCCAAAUGGUCCACUGGAUGAUUCCUCAGAAGAUGGCACAUGCAGUUUUCUUUCAUCACAAUGCAUUACCGAUCUGCAGCAGGCAUAUGCAGAUAAGUUUUCCCGGAAUCAAGAUUGCUAUGGAACUCCGCCAUCAACGCCAUCAAGUUGCGGAAGCUUGGUCAAUACUGCCAAUUUCGGAGUUCAACAGUUUCCACUGAGCUCUGUCAAUGGAACAGAAGUGUUUGUCACGGCUUCAGAUGGCCAUGACGCUGGAAACGAGACAGCUUGGGACAACGCGACUCGCCAAGUCUGGCCUGUCUUAACUACGUGGGGAUGGAACGUACGAGCAAACGCGCCGAAUGAUUCUUCUCCUCAGGUUCAGCUGUCAUGUAUCCGGGCGAACAACAUAGAGCCUGGCAGCGAGCCUCCCGCGUCUUUGGCGAAAAAGCUUCGUGGUUCAGUAACUAUCGCACUUGGUGUCGCUGGUUCAGUAGCUUUUAUUGUUUCUGGCUGGUAGGGCGAAUCUGAACUCCAGGGUUUAUUAUUUUUUUACGUCGAUACCGUUCCAACCUACUGUUGAGUUAAGAACUGACGGACUGCCAUAUAUAAUCUAUAUUUGCCAGGCAUACACUCGCGGGGUCUCAUUUGUACUUUUGCCUGCAAUGAUUUAUGCCUUUAUAUAUGUAUCAUUCGCAUAUAUGUGGCAACUUAUGUAACAAAAAAAAGCA